AUCUGCAUCCUCCGUCACCGUCCCUUCAAUAUGAUGUGCCCCACAGGCCGAUGAUGCUCCGCGGGAUUAGUCCGCAUGCGGCCGCUGUCUGUAGCGCCCCUGCCCAGAACGUUCCGUUCCCCACCGCACACGGUCCGAGCUGUCCUCUCCACGCCAUCUCGUCCAAUGUCCAGACUCGACACGCCUAUAAGAGCACGCCUGUGCUCGGCAGAAUUGCCCCUUACAACCUUUCCUCUUUAUUCCACACCCAAGAGAUACCCAAAAUGACCUCCGCAACUAGCAACGACACUUCCCCGCUUUUUCUCGGCCUUGAUCUUUCCACCCAAGGACUCAAGGCCGUUCUCAUCACGGAGGACAGCGCUGUUGUCCAUGAAUCCGCUGUUCACUUCGACCGUGACCUUCCGCACUAUGGCACAACCAAUGGCGCAAUUCGCGGGCCUGGCGCAGGCGAGGUGACCUCUCCUGUCCGCAUGUGGCUCGAGGCAUUCGACCUCGUCACGAACAGGAUGAAGACUGCUGGCAUCGAUUUCCAACGUAUUCUCGCUGUCUCUGGAGACGGGCAGCAACAUGGGUCCGUCUACUGGUCGCUACAAGCCGAGCAAAUGCUUGCCUCCCUUGACCCAGAGAAGCCCCUCGAUCAACUGGCUCCGGGUGCAUUCUCGCUCCCCAACGCCCCCAUCUGGCAGGACUCAUCCACCGCCCGGGAGUGUCGCGAGCUGGAAGCCUCAGUGGGCGGCGCGCAAGCUUUAGCGGAUCUGACCGGCAGCCGUGCCUACGAGCGUUUCACCGGAAACCAAAUCAAAAGAAUCCGUCGCCUGCACCCAGAAGCCUACCAGUCGACUUCACGGGUCUCGCUCGUCUCGUCGUUCAUGCCUUCGCUCUUCCUUGGGAAGAUCGCGCCGAUCGAGCUGUCGGAUGCAAGCGGGAUGAACCUGAUGAACGUGUUGACCUACCAGUGGGAGGAUCGGCUGCUGGAAGAAUGUGGCGGGCCGGAGCUGCGGGCGAAGAUUGGUCCCGAGCCCGUGCCUGGUGGUACUGUGCUGGGCAAAAUUAGUCCUUGGUGGGUUGAGCGCUGGGGUUUCAACCCAGAAUGCCUGAUCGCACCGUUCACGGGUGAUAAUCCCGCGACCGUGGUAGCUCUUUCGACACCGGGAGAUGCCAUCCUGUCCUUGGGGACCUCGACGACCCUGCUCCUCUCCAUUCCGCCCUCAGACACUCCACCCAAGUGCUUCACCACAUCCCACUUACUCACCCACCCCACCACGAUCGACGCCUACAUCGCCAUGCUCUGCUAUAAGAACGGCGCGCUCGCCCGCGAGCAGGUCCGGGACCGCUACGCCGGCGGACACUGGACGCACUUCAACGAACUCGUCGAGCAGCGGCCCGUCGGCAACGAUGGCUUCAUGGGCUUCUACUUCCCGUUGCCCGAGAUCAUCCCGCCCAACGUCCAAGGCAACUUCUUCUUCCACACCUCGCCCUCGGGCGUGCGCCCGCCGUCCGUCACGUCGGUGCCCGAGGCAGAGAUGCCCGCGGUCGCGCACCCGCGCGCGAUCCUCGAGUCGCAGUUCCUCUCUAUCCGCUCGCGCAUCGCAGCCAUCAUGCCCGAGGACGCGCCGCCGCUGCAGCGGCUUGUGAUCUGCGGCGGGUCGUCGGAGAACGCGGUCAUCCAGCAGCUCGCGGCGAACGUGUUUGGCAUGCGCGCGUUUGUUGCGGGGAAGGAGGGCGCGGCGGAGGGCGGUGCGCAGCUUGCAAGGUACGCGUGGUGGCGCGCGCUGAAUGGAGGUGCGGGCACGUUUGAGGAGAUGCGUGCGGCGGAUGCUGUGGAGGAGCGCAUGAGGUGCGUCGCGGAGCCGAGGGUGAAGAAUUGCGCGGUGUAUGCGGGAUUGGUGGAUGCGUAUCGGGAGUGUGAAGAGCGUGUUGUAAAGAUGUGUGCGAGCUAUGCGAACUAGGGGCUCGAGGUGG